CGUUGCUUUACUUUGCCCAAGCCCAGAGAGCAGACGGUAAACAAUUAACGACCUCAUUUCCUUUCUGUUUGAUCCCCGCCAUGACCUCUCUCAUGGACUUUUCACUUCUCCGUCCAACACCAUCGCUAUUUCCUUCUUUGUCCAAACACUCACAAACACUCCACAUUCGCCGACCACUCAAACUCCGCUGCUCAAUUGCCGAAGAGUCCACCAUUUCUCCAUCAAAGCCCAGCCCCAAUCCCAAUCUUAAUGCUGGUGAUGCAGCCACUGCGGAUUGCGUUAUUGUUGGAGGCGGAAUUAGUGGUCUCUGCAUUGCUCAGGCUCUCUCCACCGACCACCGUGAUGUGGCUCCAAAUGUGAUCGUCACCGAGGCUAGAGAUCGUGUUGGUGGCAACAUCACCACCCUUGAGAGGGAUGGAUAUCUGUGGGAAGAGGGCCCAAACAGUUUCCAGCCGUCUGAUCCUAUGCUCAAAAUGGUGGUGGAUAGUGGAUUGAAGGAUGAUUUAGUUUUGGGGGAUCCUAAUGCGCCAAGAUUUGUAUUGUGGGAUGGGAAACUGAGGCCAGUACCAUCAAAGCCGACGGAUCUUCCUAUCUUUGACUUGAUGAGCAUUGGUGGGAAACUAAGGGCUGGCUUUGGUGCUAUUGGCAUUCGGCCUCCUCCUCCAGGUCAUGAGGAAUCAGUUGAGGAGUUUGUGAGGCGUAACCUUGGUGAUGAGGUUUUUGAGCGUCUCAUAGAGCCAUUUUGUUCAGGUGUUUAUGCAGGAGAUCCUUCAAAGUUAAGUAUGAAAGCUGCAUUUGCAAAAGUUUGGAAACUAGAGCAGAAUGGUGGUAGUAUCAUUGGUGGCACUUUCAAGGCAAUCCAGGAGAAAAAUAGAUCUCCAAAGCAACCUCGAGAUCCGCGCCUACCAAAACCAAAGGGCCAAACAGUUGGCUCUUUUAGGAAGGGACUUGCUAUGUUGCCUGAGGCAAUUUCUAAGAGGUUAGGUAGCAAAGUUAAAUUAUGUUGGAAGCUUUCUGGUAUCAGAAAAUUGGAUAAUGGAGGGUAUAGUUUGACCUAUGAAACACCAGAAGGAUUGGUUUCUGUCCGGUGCAAAAGUGUUAUCAUGACAGUUCCAUCUUAUGUUGCUAGUAGUCUGUUGCAUCCUCUUUCUGUAGCUGCUGCAGAUGCACUGUCACAAUUUUAUUACCCACCAGUUGCUGCAGUGUCCAUUUCUUAUCCAAAAGAAGCAAUUCGGACAGAGUGCUUGAUAGAUGGUGAACUCAAGGGGUUCGGCCAAUUGCAUCCACGAAGCCAAGGGGUGGAAACUUUGGGAACUAUAUACAGCUCAUCACUUUUUCCCAAUCGAGCACCUGCUGGAAGGGUUUUGCUCUUGAACUACAUUGGUGGUGCUACAAAUCCUGGAAUUUUGUCCAAGACGGAGAGUGAACUUGUAGAAGCAGUUGACCGUGAUUUGAGAAAGAUGCUUAUAAAUCCUAAUGCAAAGGAUCCAAUUGUAUUAGGUGUGAGAGUGUGGCCACAAGCCAUUCCCCAGUUUUUGGUUGGUCAUCUUGAUCUCUUAGAUGCUGCAAAAGCUUCUCUUAGGGAUAAUGGGUUUCAAGGGCUGUUUUUGGGGGGGAAUUAUGUAGCUGGUGUAGCCUUGGGUCGCUGUGUGGAGGGUGCCUAUGAAGUUGCAGCAGAGGUGUCCAACUUUCUGUCAAAGUAUGCAUACAAAUAAUGCUCCUACAUUAUGUAGAAAUGUACUGAAGCGAAGUUUCCUAUAAGCCAUUGCGUAAACUUUUAGUUGAUUAUUAUGCA